AUGUCAAGGCCAACCCGCAUUGGCAAUGUCGUCACCAGGCUGCUGUCCGCGCUAUCGCCAGCUAAGCAAGUGAAAGCGGGUCGAUCGGCCACAAAACAAUGGGUCUGCCAGAGGGACGAGGCCCAUCGUGAACGCCCCAGUCGCCCAGUACCCACGACGGAGCUGCGCGCCCGUUGGAAGGGCAGCAUGGUCAGUUUCGCCAUCUUUGUCGACUCGCAGCAGCAUCCAGCUGCGAUUCCCCGUAUUCAGCAAGAGAUGGCUGCCCAGACCAGGAUUUCCCUCAAGAUGCCGGAUAAUCUUCCUACGAGACUGGCUGGUCACAAAUCCCGUCACACGAUGAUCUGUCCAUAG